UUUGUUGUUUACUUGUGAUGAGGGAAUCUUUUACAUCUGUUUGUAUGUUCUUGUGUUUUGUUGACGUUUAUUUUUUAAUAUCAAAAUACAUAAAAGUCAAGUCUUUGUCUUUAAAAAUCAAAAAAAAUACAAUUAAGGAAGGAUGAGAGAAAAGUUGGAGGAGAGAAAACAAAUGAGUGGUGUAUAAGUCAUGAGGACUCAACUGAACCAAAUUUAAGAAUCCAGGAACUGGUUUGUAUACUUCAGGUUCUGCAUAAAUGCACACACACAUCCAGCAGUGUGAACACUGUAGGCUGUGUAUGGUGGCUCUCCUUCACUUCCGCACCAUAAAUGUGUGUUUGCUAUACGAGGGAACACGGGGAGAAAAGAGGAAUUCAUGUUGGUGUUUAUUUGAGCUUUGGCCAAAUCCAACCUGGGGCGGCUACAUUGGUGCGCGCUGGGCACCAAACCCCAGCCGCUCCUGUACCCCCAGCCAGACACACACACAUACUGUACACACUCAGGUACUCGAGUGCACACAGAACACAAAUUACUACUCAAUCUCUCUCUCUUUCUCACACACACACACCCACACCCACACAUACAUACCUGUCCAUCCUAGCCAUAUCAAGGUGUGUUUGUCUUUCCCUGCCCACCAGUUUUGGUCCUCCCAGAGCAGGUAUUUCCCUCUCUUUCCCACAGACACACACACACACACACACACACAAACACACACACACUCUGCAGCUAUAGAGGGGGGCUGUCUGUGGGCUGACUGUGUGAAGCACUUGCAUUGAUAACCUGCUGCUCAGAGUCACUCAGUCUCACUUUGUGGCCGUCCCCCUCGCCUGGAACUCCCUUCGCCCUGCUCUGUCUCCUUUCUGGCUUCUGACUCUAGGACCGUCUGCGGACGCACUCAGACCCCCGCGGUUACCCAUCACUCCUCUGUCGCUGUCACCAUGGUGCCUACCCCGCCGUUGUUCCUGCUGCUGCUCAGCCUCAUAGGGGCUCAAGCCGCCACCACCACCAUGGACCUCCGCACGGCCGCCGCCAUGGCGGCAGGUUUGUGCAAAACUCGUCCCACCGACAUCGUGUUCAUCAUCGACAGCAGUCGGAGCGUUCGCCCCUCAGAGUUUGAGCAGGUCAAGGUCUUCCUGGCGAAGGUCAUUGAGGGGCUGGAUGUUGGACCCAACGCCACCCGUGUUGGAGUUGUGAACUAUGCCAGCCGCGUCAAGAAUGAGGUUUCUCUGAAGACACACCGCACCAAAGCCGGACUGAUUAAGGCUGUGACCAAGAUCGAGCCCCUGUCCACUGGAACAAUGACUGGUCUGGCCAUCCAGUUUGCCCUGAACGUGGCGUUCAGUGAGGCCGAGGGCGCUCGUGUCAAAUCUCCUGAUAUCAGCAAGGUUGCCAUUAUUGUGACAGAUGGGCGUCCCCAGGACAACGUGAAGGAUGUGGCUCAGCGUGCCCGGGAUGCUGGUAUUGAGAUUUUUGCCAUUGGUGUGGGACGUGUGGACAUGAGCACCCUGAGGCAGAUGGCCAGUGAUCCUCUGGAUGACCAUGUGGACUACGUGGAAAGCUACAGCGUCAUCGAGAAGCUCACCAAGAAGUUCCAGGAGGCCUUCUGUGUGUCUGAUCAGUGCGCCACUGGGGAUCAUGACUGUGAGCAGGUAUGCAUCAGCAGCCCCGGAUCAUACAAGUGUGCCUGCAAAGAUGGCUUUACCCUCAUGGACGAUGGUCGCAGCUGCAGUGCUUGCAGCAACUCGGCAACAGAUGUGGUGUUCCUGAUCGAUGGCUCUAAGAGUGUACGUCCUGAGAACUUUGAGCUGGUUAAGAAGUGGAUCAACCAGAUCGUCGACAAACUGGAGGUUUCUGAAAGCAAGGCUCAUGUUGGACUGGUGCAGUACUCCAGUGCAGUGAGACAGGAGUUCCCCCUGGGACGCUACAACAACAAGAAAGACCUGAAGGAUGCUGUGAAGAGGAUGGCCUACAUGGAGAGGGGAACCAUGACAGGCCAGGCUCUCCGUUAUCUGACAGACAACAGCUUCAGCCCCGGUCAGGGUGCCCGGCCCGGUGUCACCAAGGUGGGCAUUGUCUUCACUGAUGGACGCAGCCAGGACUACAUUGGAGACGCUGCCAAGAAGGCCAAGGAGCUUGGUUACAAGAUGUACGCUGUCGGAGUGGGCAACGCAGUGGAGGAUGAGCUGAAAGAAAUCGCCUCUGAGCCGACUGGAGAGCACUACUUCUACACCGCUGACUUCAAGGCUAUGACCCAGAUCGCCAAGAAGCUGCAGAUUAACAUCUGUGAAGAGGCGGACCCUUGUGAAUGUGACUCCCUUGUAAAGUUCCAGAAGAAAGUAGAAGAUGCCCUACAGGCACUAACAAAAAAAUUAGAGAGUAUGUCGAAGAGGAUCGCCUUGCUGGAGAACAAAAUCGUCUGAGGACUCUCAUCCCACUCUUCCCUGUUCAUCUGCACACACACAACCACACACACAAACAGGUUUUGCUUCCUGUAAAAUACUGAAGAGGAACCUGUGUGUGUGUGUGUGAACUCUGACCUCUGCUUGUAUUCUGAGCUCUCCCAAACACCUUUGUCCCCUCCUCUCUCCAUCUUACCUCUUUCACCCAUGGGUCUCCUGGGACACGAAGCGCCGGUUGCCAUGGGGACCACACCUUUGUGUGUGUGUGCGUGCGCUCCGAAGGUCAUCCUCCAUAGCCAGCCUGUGUGUUUGUUAAUAAAAGUCUUCCCUCAUAGGGAAACAGUAUACUGAAGGGUUUUUCUUUGUUGCUGCCACAAUGCUGAAUUUCCCCAAAUCUCAUAGAGUCUGUCUUGUCAAACGGAGCAGCACAUCAUCCUCACUUCUUUGUCUGAGUCUAUCUGUCGAUGUCGUCUUUCCCUGUCAUAUCUGAGGGCAUCAUCUUUCUUCUCUUACCCCCACACAAAGGUAUCUAAUAUUAUGUAUGAGAUAUAUAUAUACAGGUAAAAUAAUGAUAUAUGCCUGAUAACAAGGGUACUCCAGUGAUGUUUUUAUUUUCAUAAAUAAAGGUGAUUCAGGAUAUACAUAUUAUAAAUUGUGGAACAAUUGUAUGACGGAUUGACAUUACAGACACAAAGAAAUUCUUUUACACAGUGUUAUUGAUUAAAUAUAACUAAUAUAAAAGUAAGCAGAAUUUUCCUCUGGUCUUUGGCUCCAUAAUGUGGGCUCCAAGGACCACAAGGACUUCAUAGAUGUCACCCAGCAAAAUGGUGAAUGGUUGUAAUUCACUGAUUCCCUCUUCAUAUUUAGAACUUAAUCAUUAUUUUGCCUAACGUCUUUUUAAAUAGUGAAUUCCAAAAACUAAAUUAAAGUUCGAUCCAUA